AUGGGCAAAUCUCCAGCUCCGAAGGCUGCCUCGGCUAAUGCAAAAAAGCUGGGCGUGGCAAAGUCCAAGGCUUCCUCUGUAGGAAAAAAAGCGAUGAAAAAACGACUGGAAAUUGAUUUGGAACAGCCCAAAGACAGAGAUCCUGUCAAUUCCAGUGAUGUUGACAUCAAGCAAAUCGACGAUGCACAAGACGCUCUACAAAUGGCCGACGAAUUCGAGGCACGACGAAUUGCUGAACGAGAUGCGCGGCAUAGAGAGGAAUACAAUAAACUGGUUCCUAAAUUAUCUGAGCUGUGGUCGAAGAAAUUAUACUCUGUUGAAGUCGUCAAUCAAGCACUGCAAAGAAUGGAUAGCAUUCAAACAGGCAACGCCUUAUUUGCAGCUUGGGAUGAUCGAUAUCCAGGCGCUUGGAAUCAACCUUGCUUGCGAUUUGAUGCCCUGUUCAACGACUAUGAAGGCACAUCAACAUGCAACGAUCGAUUUCUUCAGAUUUUUACUUAUCUCAACUCUGAUAAUGCCCAGCUGGCCCAAUAUCUCAUAUCCUCCUUCGACCUCUUCACGAUUGAGGAUAAGGCAGCUGAAGACGUUUGGUCAAUGCGAGUUCUUGCAAUGCGAAUUUCAUUGCAGAACCCUUUCUCGUUUUUUGGCAUUGACAAAUUCGAAAAAAAUCAGAACAACAAUCAAUUCUUUGAUGGGGACAAGUCGGAUCCUCGACUUCGUCUGGAAAAUCCUUUGGUUGGCUUUUGGUUGAUUUGUUCUGAAUUGUUUGAUUAUCCAUGGGCAACAACCUUUGGCGACAACUAUUAUAACGAGCCGCCGUCGUCAAUCAUCCGUGGCAUCAAACAAAAACGUUUGGCACCUUCUCAGUCCUUUUUCCGACCAGAAAGUUCAACCCAUCACACUCAACAAGCAAUUCAGAAGAUCAGUGAUCCAAUGAAUGACCAUUUGGACAAUGCGGUAGGCCAGUCUCAUUUGAACAAAACGACUUUAGUGGAUCAAAGGAAGCGUCAUCGUAAUCUGACCGACAAUAGAUAUGAUGCACUGGUGGAUGAUGACGGAUCGAGUGGGGAAAAUGCUGACAAUGCCGAGGCUGCGGACGACGAUGCCACUACUAUUGACGGUGAUGCCUACCAACAACCAAAUCAGGACGAUGAUGACGAUGAAAUACUAGUGACGGAGGUCCAAAACAAUCCAAGACGCCCACCACUUUCUUCAGAUGAUGAGGACGACGGAGAUGAGGAUGAUGAUGAUAAUGCGGAUGAUGAUGCGGUGAGCAACGGUGGGGUGGUUCAGACAGAAUCUGUAGAAGCACCGAAGGCCAUCAAGCGGGGCAAACCACCUAAACAACCAGCAAAGAAGGCCCGUACAAGUACAGGUGUUCAAUUUCAGGAACCAUCUUCGGCUCAAACCUUGGCGGCCCCGGCUGUUCAAGUAGACACGUCUCACACGGAAGGGGACAACACCACUGCUGCGUCUCAAGAUGAGAGCCAAACCUCAUCUCUUACUGCGUCUACCUCGCGAGGUGGAGGGCCUCCAUUCUUCUCUCCUCCUCCUGGGAAGGCUCAGAGUGAUGGCGCCAGAGAUUGGUCGGGCGAUGAUCACCGCCGUCGUUCUCCACUGGCUACUCGAAUCUGUUUCCAGAAUGUCAACGGAUUACCAGAAAACGGCAAUGACCCCAAGCAGCAACAGAUCAACUCCUGGCUGAAGGAAGAACGAGUGGGAAUUGCGUUGUUGGCAGAAGCCAAGACGUUCUGGCCUUCUAUCAACGAAGGUCACGGUUGGAGUGACAGACUCUGCCAAGCUACGAUGAAGUCCAAGCAGAAAGGGUUUUACUCGUCGGUAGCUUACAAUUGGCAUCAGGACAGAUCUGCUGCCACCUCGUCGGUACAAUGGGGCGGGUGCAUUACAACUGUUUUGAACCAAGUGGCGCACAGGGCUAAGGAAGCUGGCAGAGACCCCACCGGUUUAGGAAGAUGGGCCUAUGUUUGUCUCCAGGGAAGGAAAUUGAAAGCCAACGGGGGUAAUGUCCAGGACUCUUUGGUUGAGUUAAAUGACGCAGUUCGCCGACCGAUCUCAAAGGAUUUGGUGGUCGUCUCCGCGUACCGACCCAACAAGCAAGGCCUUGGUGGAUCUACAGUAUGGGCACAACACAGGCUUCAUUUUCAUGCAGUGAAUCGAAAAGCCAAUCCACGGAAAGCCUUUGUUGACGAUCUUUGCAAACAGAUCACCAAAUGGCGUGAUGAAGGAUGUGAGGUGGUUUUGGGCAUAGACGCAAACGAGGAUGUCACUGUUAACGCACCCCAGUCUAUCCGCCACCGUUUCCGGGCCUGCGGUCUUGAGGAGGCGAUUCUAAACACCACCCACCGCCGCAAGCGACCCAUCAGCGCAACCAACAGAACAUUCCAAUCGAUGGCCUCUUCACUACUUUGGGCGUACCAAUCCUCGCGGGUGGGUACUACACCUUUGAUGAAUUCUUUGAUUGUGAUCACCGCGGAUUGUGGAUUGACAUUGAUCUUUCCGUCUCCUUGGGCAACUUCCAACCUCAGAAGUCCAACUUCAAGCCACGCAAGUUGUCCCUUCAAGACUCUUGAUCCCUACGCAAAUAUCUUCAAUUGGUUCACGAAGGUUAUGCCAGGUACUCCAUCUCGGAGAGAUUGA